AUGUCAGGAAACAAAAAGGAGGGAGUCCAGCCAUCCCUGACGACACCCACACAGGGUCCAACUGACACCGCCAGUGGCCCUGGUCCGCUAAGGAGAGAGGGAACAAAAGUGAACCCAAGGAGGUGUCCAAAGUGCGGACACGGUUGCGAGACCAAUGGGGGGCUGCAGAAGCAUAUGAAGCUAUGCAUAACACGUGACACGUCAAAGUGUCAAUUCAGCGAGAGAACCUUCCCCACGUUCCAGGGGGUAAGGCAGCACGAAAAGAAAGCGCAUCCAGACCUAUAUGCGAAGGAAAUGGAAGAUAGCCUGCCGAGUCCGGAACACGAGUUUUACGAGAUCCUUGCGGCCAUAGAGGUCUCCACCUUGAAGGGUAAACCGUUCGUAAAAGAAAUAGAAAAAGCCACCGGCCUCCCUAGCCAUCAGAUCCGCCACAAGCGGGAUAAAACAAUUUACAAAGAAUAUCUCGCACAGGUCCCAGCAGUGCUGCCUAUAGCCAGUAGCCCCGGAAUACACUCUUCUCGAAUCCCAGGACCCUCCACUGGGAGGAUACCAUGGGCAGCACCAGUCACUACCAGCGACAGCGAAGACUCGUGGAAUGAUCCUCCCCAAAUAGCGCUAACAUCUAAGAAGCGUUUGCGGCAAGCGGAUACCCCGUCACCGGGGGCACAAGCGCCCCCAAGAAGACCGCGAGUCGAGUACUCGACAACAGCGAGUCAAGAUCCCUCCCCACUUCCACCAGAAGUUCGUCAGUUGAGUGAGUCCCCACUGGCUGCUCCAGAAGUGAUUGAGAUCACUACCAGCCCCCACGCGGUGGCGAUGGAUGAGCAGCCAGGGGAACCCACCAUCGAUCCCGACCUCUACAGAUAUCUCCUUUCGUCAAAGGAUGAGGUCGAGGAUCAACUAUAUAAGGGGACUCUGAGCUCAACUGACAAUCUCAUAGGUCUGAUCGAUGCUGGCAUGGAGGCCAGCGAUCAAGAACUGCCCUCUUUCAUCUAA